UCCGCCGGAGUAAGAUCGUGCCGUCAAACGGUCCGUGCGCGCACGCGUCUGCAUCCUCUUGUCCUGCUGUUUUCUUCGCUCGAAACGCCGCGAGCCGCGUUCCCUCUCCGUCCCUCAGCCCGCCCCAGACCUUUUGGACGAGCUAACCAGCGCGAGCUCCCCUCGCCCGUCCCCCCCUCGGCGCUGCCCGCUCGUUUUACUCACCGUUCUGUGUCCCGACGACGAUCGUACGCAGUGUCAGACCGCGCGCGCGGCAACUAAAAAACCUUGCCGACUUUAGUGUCCGUGCGAGUGUGUUCUUUUCGCUGUUCGUGUCCAACGAGCUACGUCAUCGCAUACGCGCUCGUGUCCGUCGCACACUCCCUGUAAUACGAGAUUUCACUUUGCCAGUGUGUGCGCCGCCUCGUCUGUGUAUCCUACGUAGGUGCGAGUGCUACGAUGUGCGUGUGAGUGAGUGUCGCUGUUGCUGCUGAUCCAUGUGUGCAUAAGUGCGUUCGCUUGUGGCGAGAGCGAACGAAAGAUUCCAACGGAGAGUCGAAAGUCUCUCGCGAUUAUACGUCCCACGUAUCCGUGCGCGAGAAAAAGAGCUUGUGUGUCCUGACCACCGUACGGAUUCACCGAAUAUUAUAAGUCGGAGUGAACACGCGCAAAAAGAGAGGAAAGAGAAAAAAAAGAAGGUGUAAAGGUUCAACAAACGGUAUAUAACGGAAAAUCAAAUGUUGUGCUGCGUCGCCCGUUGUUUCAAGCGAUGAAAAUGCGUCAAGUCACUCCCGUAUAACAGCCUCGGCUUAUCGACUAAAUAAAAUAUUAUCUACUCGUUCUCCUCUCGAAUAAUACGCUUUAAAAUUAUCGCCAAUGUGAAUAGUGAAAUAUCAGUGAAAAACGGAACCGUGCGAUCGAGUACGGAUGAGUCUCGCCGAGACAAAGAAAACACGAGCACCGGAUUAUCUCGCCUAAGAGUUUCGGAGGCAGCGUAUCGCGCGAUGUUGUACACUGUGGGAACGAAAAUUCGACGCUCCUCCAACGAAAUAUCACGCGAGACCGCGGCUUCCUUUCUACGAGCUUCUUCGUAGAAGCGCCACGAUAUUUUUUCUCCCCUUUUCAAAGUCGGAGAGAUUUGGUCGCACCUGUGGGAGGGAAUAGAACGCGCCGCGAAGUGGGCACGGUGCACAGUGCUCGUCGGGUGACACACGACGGUCUCGGCGGUGAAAAAGUAGGUUAGAGCUCUUUCGCUGUACCGACGAGCGACACGACGCACACGGACAGACGGAAAGUGCGCGGCCUUGGCUUCAAACACGGCGAACACGAAGGAAUUAUCACUAUACUGUUGUCAUAAUCGUUGUUAUUAUCAUCGUUGUGAUUAUUGUUAUUGUAUUAUAACGAGAGGAUCGUGCAUCGCGAAUAUAGUUCCUCCGGUCUGAGAACACGUCCGAGCGCUUUAGCGCGACCGUAUCGCCUUCCCCGUUCUUCCGAGAACGUCUUUUUUCUUCUCUUCUUUCCUUUUCUUUUUCUCUCCGCGCUGCUAACCUCCUGCUUCUUUCGUCGUAAGAUGGCGCCCGAGAUUCAUCGACUCGAAUAAGAUAACCAUAAACUAUAUCCUUCUCCGACACUAAAUUCUAUUUUCAUCGAUUUCAUACCAAAUUUAUCCUCCUCGACGGGCCACCUCAUUUCUCGGAAGGGUGCAUCCGCUCCUUCUCAAACCGACUCGUUAAACGCCUUCGUUUACCAAGUAUUCUGCUCCGAGGAGCGACGAGUACUUCCCAAAUCAGUUCCUCCCCUUUUUAUCUUCCUUACUUCUUCCCACUUUUUUUUUAUUUCAUUCUCCAAUUCGUGGAUACGUAAAGCACUUUAUCGCUCGGCUCUUCACGCGCGAGUGAGAAAGAAAAACAUGGCCGCCUAUCGGAGAUAAAGGAAAGACGAAUCUCGAGAUAACGCACUAACAAUUGACGAAAGAAUAAAUAGUGAGCAAUGAGAAAACGAUUCUCUCGGAAGAGAUGCUCGCCUGAACGACCAAUCUUAUUCUCCAGUAGUGCACGAUCGUCGUAGACGAUUUUAACAAUUAAAUCAACAAAAAUAAAUAAAAACAAAAAUCAACACACACACACACACACACACACACACACACACACACACACACACACACACACACACACACACACACACACACACACACAAGAAAGAAGACAGAAGGCAACGAGUUUCAACGGUCGCUAACUGUUGCUGUACCCAGUUUUUAUUCAGCGUACACGAGAGAAAGGUUACGCGAAAAAAACGGCUUUCCAGAUCCACAGAAUCGACGCGAAAUCCAACGAUAUAUCGAGUACUCAUUAAAUUCAGUGUUCCCGUGUCGCUUUUCAUUCCUGGAGGUUAAAAAUGAAUGUACAUAUAUUUAUACGUUAAUAGGAAUGAAUCUACCCUGAUACGCCGUAAAUUUAAAAGUUUCGGUGUUAAAAAUUGUCGGAGUGAUGUGCGCGCAUUCGAUAUUCACAAAGGAAAAGUGAGCACAGAAGAAAAGCUCUGAAGUGUGUGUGUGUGUGCGCGCGCGUGUGUGUGUAUAUACGAGAAUUCGUGGCGUUCGUUCUACGUAUGUUUAUAAAUAAAUAUACCCGCGUAACGUAAAUCAAGUGGAUGUUUCUUGGCGCUUUGUGAUUUCGUUUCGGUAAAUUUUCUUAACCAAGCUAUUCUGGGAAUUUAUGUAUGUUGUGGUGAUACCAAACAAGUGACCGUUUCAUCGAUCACACUGUGGAUUAUUAUUGGAUAUAUAUCGACGUAUCAGCGACUCGGAGCUCAUCGGCAAAGCCAUUUCAACGGCAAUAUUAUUUAUGAUGUAUAGACGCGGUCGGAGUGGUUCGGAGGUGGAGGUUGCGCAAAUGCGCCCCGUAAGCACGGCUGGCUAAUAGCCUCCGCGUUGACCAAGCCCGUCCCUGACAGCCCGCAGCCAGACAUUGGACCCGUAGUCGGCGUGACAUGGAUGUGAGUUUCACAAACGUGUUGGAGGGGGCUCGCCAGUACUUCCAAGGACUGCCUGCGCCGAGUACAUCCGGUUCGUCGGGCUCGACGCUCACGUCGACGACGACGACGACAACACCACCAACGCCUCCACCGCCCUUGCCCCAGCCCGUGGCCUUGUCGUCAUCUAGUUCCUCGUCAUUGCCGGAAAGUCACGUGAUCCCAUCAUCCUCGCAGGAUCAUGGCCAGCCAGCGGGAACAACGAGUAAGUCAGGUUGUUCGUUGCCAGCUUCAGAGUCAUCGUCUUCGUCAGCAACGACAACGACGACGACAACGGCAACGACAACGGCGGCGACGACGACGACGACGACGACGACGACGAGUGGAACAAAUUCGUUGCUCGUACGAUCGUCAUUGAGCAACGACAAGCCGGAAUACGAGGAUGCGCACGCGAGUUCGUCUUAUUGGAACUCGAGUUCCGUUAACCCUGGUAUGCGCUCAAUGGUCGAGCCAUACGCGCCUCAACCUACGAGAGUCGAAGUGCCCGAUACGAGGCCACCCGAAUCUCAGGGUGAAACAAAUCUGACUACGACCUGUCAUAGUCUGACGGAGAUGCAAACGUCGAUUCAACAACGGCUGAACGCUCAGAAACAACUUCGACAACAGCAAGCAUCGUUAACGGAAGGUACAACGACGGCCGAUGCUAUUUACGGUAAUAACAUGAUCUCGCGGAAUUCGCCAAAUUUACAUCAGAUGCAGCCAGCUCCGAAGCGAGCACAAUCCCCACCACCGAUCUAUCAACAGCUGAACAAUGUUUCGAGGCCAGCAUCUUCGUCGUCAAUCUCAAAUUCGUAUACGACGAGUGAAAUUUUGAAUUCCCAUGCGGCCUUGUAUCAGGUGUCGGAAAACAGAACAACCAAUGUGCCGAUAGUAGCGGCUCAGAGAACACAGUAUUAUCCCCGGUAUCAUCAUCCGGACAUCACCAAAAGCACGCCUGUACCUUUCACUCAAAGUACGAAUUAUCAUUCAGGAGCACCGCCGUUAGCUACGUCGCUCUCGUCGACACAUCAGCCAACCACGAUAAGGCCAAGUACCGUAGAAUCAAGCAAUUCUCCGAUAUCGGUAUCUCAUCAGAACACUAGCAGUAAUAGCGUUAAUAAUACUAAUAGUAAUAAUAAUCACAAUAAUAACAGCAAUAGUAACAAUGCGAUCGGUUCAUUGGACCCUCAGCGGCAGCGAACUCAACGAGAAAACAAUUCGUCCGAAUAUCCGUGUACAUUACCAACGCCGAAUCAUGGUGGAUCCAUGAGUGCUUACCCGAUUUCCGGAUUGAGUCAAAAUAUCGGUAAUUAUCGAGGGAGUAGUAGUCACUCGCAGCAGAGCCGUACCUCCAAUUUAACGGGUCAUCACCUCAGCGAGCACUAUCGUCAUCAACAUCAUCAUCAUCAAACGCCAGAUCAGCAGAUAGGCGGAGCAUCGCAUCCCUCAAGUUUGGACGGUUCGAACAGUGGUCAUACAUCAUCGAGCGUUCCAUCAUCACCCGUUAUGUCCGCUUCGGCGAACACGUGCAGUCCUCGUUACGGUAAUCCUACGGGUCACAUUCCUUCGCCGCACAAUAAUCAUCCGGGGCAUAUUCCGUCGCCUCAUUUACCGACGGCUUCUUUGUCGCUGCCAGCGUCAUCUUCUGCUACAACUGCGUUGCAUCCGAUGGCUCAGCAGGUAUCGCAGCAAUUCUCCCAUCCCUCUCAACAUCCUAGUCGAAUCGGUCCUACCGUUGGACCGCUUCAGAGCAUGAAUGCCUCUUCGUACACGAGCAGAGGUAUCAAUCCAUAUACAACUGGUACGCCAACUUGUUACACCUCGAUGAUGAGUCCUCAACAAAUAUUACCGCCACCACCGUCAUCCUCUUCAUCCUCCUCCUCCUCCUCUACCUCUUCUUCGUCAUCUGCCGCCUCCUCGGUCUCUCCGUCGAUUACCUGUUCCGCCUCGUCAACGUUCUCGAGUUGUCAUCCGACGAUUCCUCAGUCGGCUUCGCUCGAACAAAAUCAUCACGCUACACCGUCGUCUCCAAGACAAUCGCCUCAUGUUUCGGUGAUGCACAAUUCUCAUGUUGUCCCAUCCCAUCCAACGUCUUCACCCCAUCACGCCACGCCGUCGCCCCAUCACCAUACACCUUCGCCGAGCAACCCUGCGAACUUCCAGCCUCAAUCACCGUCCUACCCACCGCCAGCUCCGCCAUCCUCGCUGGCGCCGUCAACCUCGCAGAGGGUACCACCCUCGGCAAUACCCUCAAACCCCUACAAUAUUCCAGCAUCUUCCCAACAGUAUCGCUCACCAGCAAAUUAUCCAAAUCCAUAUCAAGCAACGGCUCAUCAUCACCAUCAUCAUAAUCAGCCUUCGUACCAUUCCCAUCAAAAAAAUAACCAACAACAGCAACAACCUCACAGUGUUUUCAACGCGCAACCGUCGAACGGACGUUCGCAGUACGGACAUGCGGCGAUUAGUGGUAGCGGUGGUUCACCAUCAACAACUCAAAAUACGGGCCCCAUCGACAAUAUUGGCGCUAGUACGAAUAACUCGAAUGGACCAUCCUACCAGACGACGGGACACAACAGAACAGUGACUUACAACGGCGACGAUUCGAACCGUAGCGGUGUAUCCAGCGGAAACCCAACAACGUCUUACAACUCAUACAGAAUGGAACAGUCAACCGGGGGAAGAACGAGUAGCUCCGGUGUCAGUAAUACUCACAAUCUCCCACCUAUCGCCUCCGUAUCGUCUUAUCAUUCCAACAGGGGAGCUCGCGAUAGUAAUCUCUGCAAGACGCAAGCGGUUAACCGGCAAAGGAUACACUCGAGCAACGGUCCCGUUAACAAUGCCAUGGUCGUGGUGUCAUCAGCCUCGCAACCUAUGACCGGAGCGACGCGCGUUUCGGAAUAUUCUCCAAGUGGAGCAUCGUCGAAUCACUCGACGUUAGUGACUAACGAGAUAACUGCCAUCGGUGGAAGUUCCAAUCACUCUCGAUAUGGCGGACAGCAGAAUUAUUCGUCUUACGCUACGACGAUAGCACCCAGCCGUCACGGAAAUAAUUCUUUAAGCAGCAGUAAUAACGUGACAUCUUUGGGUCGGAGUGGGAUAAGAUCAGCGGUACCCAGUGCUAUGACAGGUCACAAUCGAACCGGCGCUUAUUCACCUCAACGUAUCGCCACUGAUAAUAUUCAUGCUUACAAAGAUUAUACUUACGGCAAUUCUCAAUUAUCGAAUGAGCCGAGUCAACCCGGGCAAAUGGAAGCUGUCCCACCGGUCCAACCGACUCCCCAUUCGAACGGUUUGCCUCCGCGAAAGAGAGAAUCGCCUCUCGAUCUUUCGGUAAAAACUAUCAAGACACCGGCCGAUUCGACGGCUCGCGACGAUCUGGAUAGCUGUGUAAUUGAAAAGCACGUCAGUAGUACGAACAUGGUAGUUCCGUCGAAAAACAACGGGCCGAGAGUCAUGCUUCCUCCCUCGGUUCAGCCGACGAAUCCUACUACGGCAUAUGUGAAUUAUGAUACGAGGAAUUUCAACGGUGCGCGGAAUCCGAUAAAUUCUUGUAUCAGGGCGUCAACACCUCAACCAGUCUGCGCACCAAAAGUCGAUUUUCUGCCAGAUUUCAAUGCAACCUCCUUGAGCAAUCGUCAUCACAAUUCGCAGCAUCAUCAGCAGCAAUACCAUCAUCAGCAACAGCAGCAGCAGCAGCAUCAUCAUCACAAUCAUCAUCAUCAUCAUCAUCACCAAUCGGGUUCGUUACACGGUAAUCCAGAAAGUUUGCGACGAACAAGUUCGCGUCAAAUGUACGAACCGCCCCAACAAAACAGUGCGAACCUUCCACCGCGUGUGGCAUCCUUCAAGAAAACCUCGCUGGCCCCCGCCCAAAUAUACGACGGUAAGAAUCCUUCGACGUCCUAUUCAGCGAUGCAGGAUGAUCCCUCCGGUGUGCCAAGACAGACCUCGCAACGACACCCAACGAUUGUAGAGCCCGCAAGGCCAGGAGCUACGGUCCUGUUGCACCAAGAGUAUCCUUCGCCGAAUCUUAGCAAAUAUUAUCAUUCAGAGAGUAGGGGCAAAUUUCCACUGCCGUCUGCUGCCUCGGCGACGUCCGCCGCAUCCUCGGCCUCCGCAUUGUCUUUACCCAGAGAACGGGUCGGCUCGAAGCGUCCCGCUGAGCCUCUAUAUGCGAUGUCCGGAAGUACUCCCAACAAACAACCCCGUCUCGAUCCCUGGAGAUUGGCCAUUGAUAAACAGAUACAACAGAAAUUAUCUUCGGCGAAGGAGCUCCUCGAGAAGAAACAGGAAAUGAAUAUGUCAGCCCCGUUAGAAAACGGCGCUUUGAUGUCCUCAAGUUCUUACAGUCAAAGAACCGAUAAUACGAAUUCUCCAUCCGAUACUAAUCGAUAUCAAGCAUACUGUGAUAAGAGAAACUAUCCGGAUAACAUGAUUCCGGUCAGUCCAACGUCCUAUAAUCAUCCUAUCCCAAAGACAAUGGGUAUCCAUCCAAUAUCCCAAGCAUCGGCGAGUCAAACCUCUUAUAGCGGAUAUAGGCAAAGCCAAAGAACACAAUAUGCUGUUGGGCCGGGCCUUGAACCGCCAGACCAACCGAGCAACACCGGUGCGGAUAAGAGGGUACUUAGCUUGCUGAGAAAUAGCCUUGAGAGUAAACAGCAGAGAGAGGAACAGCUUCAUAGUCAACAGCCGAUUCUUGUCAGCCACGCUCAGCAAAGCUUUCAGAAUAAGGUCGUAGCUCCUGUUGAGCCUAAAACGAAUAUGGGCAGGCAUAACUUGUCACCAUUCACCGCAGCUAGUUUGCUCGAACGUAAUAGCAAUACACCGCCUCAUUACAAGUUUCAUGUGCCCCGAGCCGUCGACUCGAUAACUCAAGAGGCUCCUCGUAGUCUGUACGGUUCACGGGUAAAUUCGUCAGCUACUUUACCAGGCAAAGAGGCACUUCUGGGACCUCGAGGUACCGAUAAUCAGAUUCACCGCGACAAAGAUGACGGUCUAGCCGCGAUAUUGGCCGCGAAAAUACGAACCAAGGGCGAACUCAAACAGGUAUGUUCGAGUCAGUUUGCCACCAAGCCGACGACGCUUCCGUCCCAACAAGUUUCCGUCAUGCCCGACGUUUCAGAACUGGAAGGCUCAAGUUCGACCUCAACGCCACAAUCUGUCGGCUCAUCCGCAGCAAGUCCACCGAAAUUAACUCGUGAGAAAACAGCGUGUGCCGUUCCACCUAGAAGACGAUUGUUUUCUAGAAACGAGGAGGAAAACAUGCCCGUAGCAGCCACGAUACCAGCUCCGGCUCCAAUUAUCGCCGAGGCGUCUACAGUCGCGGCUCGCUCCAGCGGAUUUCGUAGCUCCUCGGAAACCUCUGUAUUUGAUUUCCGGGAGAGUGACUCGGAGGGUGAAAUGCCGGUACUCGAGCGUCAAACCCUCGAAGAAAUGAGAAGAGAUAGAAAACAAUUGUCGAAGGUUCAACCACCUGUACCUUUGAACGAUGCUAUGCGUAUGGACAUGACAUCCUCGACGGAUCUCGUCAAAAUAGAGCUCAAGGAAAACGACAAAAAAGUAACCGAAAUAGAUCCAUUUUGGAGCGCGACCUGUGAUAAAUUUAUGGAACAGUUACGAAGCGGGGAUUCGACGAAGAAACGCGGUAGGAAAAAAAAGAUAGGAGAGAGCUCGAAGCCCGACGGUGGACCGGAAGAUGAGGAAAGCAAGGAGGCGACGAUGGAGCAGCCAUCGGAAACUCAGAUUAAGCCAGAGGAUAUAAAACAAGAGAUAAUAGAGGUUGACCACUUUAUUGCGGAUAAAGUGUUGGUAGAAGAAACGGGUGGAACUGAUACAGCGGCGGUGGUUGUCAAGAGCGAACCAAAAGAGACGACGAACGUGAAAGAGGAAGUUAAAGAAGUUAAGGGAGCGACAGACGUUGUUAUUGAAGUGGCGAAGCGCGAGGGUGAGGAAGGAGAGGAGGAAGAGGAAGAGGAAGAGAGGGGGGAGGAAGAAGAGGAGGAGAAGAACUCGGGUGAAGAAUCCGACGAAUUGCCACUGAUAAAAAGAACGGCAAAAAAUAAGUACAAGAAAAAGGCUGAGAGUGACUGUGACGAUGAUGUAAUAUGCAGAAAGAGGCGGGUGCGUCGAGGCAGUAGAAUCAAAUUGGAGUCUUCGAGUGGCAGUGAGUCUUCGAGUGAUGAGGAGAGUGACGUUAGUGCUGAAUUUGGUCGAGAUACGUCGGUCGCCCAUAGGCUGCGAGCGAGAAAACGAACGUCGACGAGUGCGGCGGCCGUUGCGAAUGAAGGCAUGAAAUUACGGUCGAGAGAUACAACACCGCACAAAGUGAAACAAGAAAAAGACAGCAAAAACAGCCCGGCCAAGGGAAACGGAGCUGGCGCUCAAAAGCUAACGCCAAAACCAUUGUUUGGGGACGGUAGUGAUUUCAGGCCUGGAUGGGAAGCGGAGGUUUACGUUUACAAAAAAUCACUGCGAAUGCCCCCUCGUCUAAUAACGGUCUCGAAGCCAUCGAGAUUUCACAGACUAUCAACUUCCCUGCCGGACCUCGAUCCAGGCUCACCCGCGCUAUCAGUAUCGAUGGACAGUUCCGAUGUUUGUCUUGGCCGAAAACGCAACGUCGACAGCGAUCUGGAGUCGAAUUACAGUUUCAGUAUAAGCGGCCUUCUCGGUACUGGCGGCGGCAAGAUCGACGACGAGGAGGCCACUUCGUCGACUACGAUAUCGUGCCCACCUAAAACAUCCGGUCGACAUAACAAAGCGGAAAGCAACGGUACGGGCUCGAUCGUUGAUUUGUUAGCUCGUAAAGUUGGCGGGGCUGGUAAAAAGGAUGCGAAGAAAAAGUUGAAGGAAAAACUCGAGAGAGGUGGCAAGGUGUUACCUAAAGCUACCAAUGAGCCUGAGCUACUUCCUACACCGAAUUUAACGCCUCUCGUGUCGAACGAGACGCGAACCAAGCUUAAGGGUAAAACACCGGUGAAAAAUUAUAACAAGUCAACGAAACCCAUAAACGUUACGGAUUCUUAUCUCCUUGGUUAUUUCCGCAAAGAGACGGUCAACAAUUUUCGGAAUACGUUUAAAAACAAUCACGCUUUGCCCAACGAAUUUUCAACUUUCGUCCUGAAAAGCAGAACACGAACGGAAACGAGGGUACUGAAGAAGCAGGCCACGAUACGCGAGGUAUUUGGGGAAGAAAGACCAGCAUCAGCGCCACCCAUGCAAAAUCAUGCUGGCGACACCUCGCAGGACGACGAUUCCCAAACUGAAAUUCGGCAAAAUCUACUCGGAAGAACGCGAAAGUUGAAGCAAAAAGUUGUCACACGAUUGAGAAACGUUGGAAUAUUACGCAGUCAGAAAGCAAUUAUGAAUUCGAAACGUCAUCUAUUAACAGCUAAAAAAAGGAAAGAUCUGAUUAAAUCACUUGCGGAAAAAACCCUCGAGAGCUUGAAGAAGCGAGUCAAGGAUGAGAAGAAGAGUGGAGCGGAGGACAAAGAGGAAGAGGAAGACGUCACGGUUGUUACGCCGGAAGAGGAGGAGGAGGACGAGGAGGAGGAAGAAGAAGAACCGGAAAUUAACAAGCCGGAAGGUGACAAUAACGAUGAUACCGAGAUCCCUAGCAAAAAGAAACUUAAACUGAGAACUGGGAGAAGAAAGUUUCGUUCUGGCUUCGAUUACAUACGUAAGAAAAAGAAGCCUUUGAAGAAGGAAGACGCGACACCCAAAGAACGAAAAAGGGCAAUAAUCACAAGACCUAACGCGGAAUGCGUUGCUGACAUUCAGUCGGAAAUUCGUACUUGGGUCAUCAAAAAGGGUGUUGGCGAAACUAUCUUGCAUCGAGCUGCAAGACUCGGCUACACGGAUGUCACUGCCUAUUGCUUGGAGAAACUCAGCAGUGCUCCAAGUCCGAAAGACAAUGCUGGUUAUACUCCGCUUCACGAAGCUUGCUCGAGGGGACAUCUGGAAAUAGCAAGACUUUUACUGGCCUACGGUGCAAAUGUGAGCGAAAGCGCCAACGGGGGUAUCAGACCUCUUCACGAAGCAGCGGAAAAUGGUGCUACGGAACUCGUGAGACUUCUUUUAUCGUACGGUGCAGAUCCGCUACUCGCCACAUACUCUGGUCAAACUCCUCUCAUGCUGGCCGUUGAUACCGAAGCUUACAGCAUCCUCGAGCAUCAUUUGAACGAUGUACAAGGUCGUUCUACCAUUCCUUGGAGCUUUGGUGGACCAUCGUCAAUCUUUGAUCCCGAAGGAACGGGCUACAAUCCGUUGGAGGAUCCUCCAAUCAGCAGUCCCGAGCCUGAACUCGAAGAAAUAGAGAUGGAAGUGAGUGACGUUAAUCUUCCGGUGCUCUUCACUCUCGUGAACGAUCCGGAUAAAUGGGUGCUCCUCCAAGAUCUCAUGACCGCAUUGAGAGUAAAAAGUCGCGAUGCACUUUUGCGACAAGUUAAUCCGAAAGCUCCAUCGGGGCCGCCUUCGAUAGCCCAUCGUGAUGUAAUGCGAGAGUUGAAGCUUCACGAUUUUCUUGAACAAUCACGUUGCUGUCACUUGUUGAGCGGUGGUGAGAGAAUCAAUGUACGCGGAUCUAAAGUAACAUUAAUUAAGUACAACGAGAAGGUCAGAUCACUGCUGAACGUAGAGCGUGUUGUGAUUAAUUUGAGGUGACAUGAGGAGUGUCUGGAGAGUACAACUCUUCAGAGUACUAAACCCUCCACUUCCAUUCCUGUGAAAUCUCAAAAAAUAGUAGAGAAACGCAAUUCUUCACGGGUCGCCUUUAAACAAGGAAGAAAAUUAAGAAAAAGGCAGGUGGUUAAGAACAAAAACGCCGAUUAAUUCGAUCGGUUCGAUUCACGGAGACAAAAAUAGGGAAAGGGAAAAAAGAAUUUUGGGUAUUACUGAUUCAGCUGCCCCCUGUAUGAUUUACGUCUGUUUGAGGAUAAAAUCUGUGCUUCUCGUCUAAAAUCAUUUUGUUCCGCUUGGGCACUCGGUAUCUCUUCAAUAAAAUAAAAAAAUAAAAACCUUCUCGGCAAUCGGUGCAAAGAAGAUUCUAGAAGUUAUCUGGACGGUGCAAUGAAAAUUAGAAUGAUGAUACACGUGUGAGAUAAUUUUACAUGAAGGAGCGGUAAGAAAUAACAAAGCAGCGAUCUGUGACAUUAUAUUAGGGUAUUUAUUCCAGAAUGUAAAAAAUGACGUAGAAUGGUGAUAUUUUAUUAGCAAUUGAUGGUGAAGAUCGUUUGAUUCGAUUAAGAUCCUGACAAAUGUAACGCUUUUAGAGUGAAAACUGCCGAGAUGAUGAUAGAAAAAGGAACCGAAAUAUCUUUACCACAAUGACGGCGCACAGUGACCGGGGAAAAUUUGAAUUAUUCCCGUAUUUUUGCGAGAAAACAGGUUCGUGUUGAACAACUCGAUGAAACCGAUGUGGAGAAAAAAAUACACGGUAUAAAUUGAACGUAUUGAAUACGGCAAGAAAUAUUCAAAUCGAGUGAAAAAAGGCCGUAUUCUUAUUGAAAUUUUGAGAAAUAACGUUGGGAGCAAUACAGGCGAUUCCGUGGCUAAUUGUAAGAUCGUGUUUAAUCUGUACGAAAAUGUUACCAUAUUAAUAUUUAUAUUUGUUUCCCUUUUUUUUUAUUCCCGGAUCACGGACGAGUCCGAAUGUAAAUAUGUUUUUGUUUCGUUAUCGUUAACAAGUUGGGAAGUGCAAUUUAGAACGAAAAAACAAUUUCCUCUAUUGAAUAAAAUGCCGGAACAACUUAGGAUGCAAUUGACGAGUAAUUCUAUAUAAAGAAAAAAAGCGUUGAUAAAAAAAAAUGAAGGAUCGUUCGUGUCGUCGUUCACGGUCCCGAUAAUCAUUCUGAACGAAUAAUAAUCAUGGUGCAAUACCGUUAUUACGAACGCUGCGUUACUUUAUCGUAUAGUCAAAUUUCAAUUAUUAUAUAUUGAUCGAUUCGCGAGAAUCGUUAUAGCAACAAUUAGUUGAUAAAUUCGAGCGAGAGCCGAGAUUUAAACAAAGACAGGAAGUAUUUUACGAUAGAAUUGUUUUUGAAGCAAACGCAUGUUAUUUUUAUCCGUUGAUUUGUUCUCGCUGAAAAUCGAUGUACUUAUUCUUAAACGGCGUUGCGAGAAAUCGUUCGUAAUGAUAAUUAAGUAAAAUAUAAUAAGAUUAAAGUAUCGUUAGGAAUAAUACAUGUUAAGCAUUACAAAAACUACUCUUCAAGCUUAUAUAUUAUCACCGCUACUAUAACUAUACCAAUAAUGGUAAUUUAACGAAUAAUGAGAAUAAGAUUAACAAUACAAAUUAAAAAAUAAUUACAUUAAUAAUAAUAAUAAUAAUAAUAAUAAUAAUAAUAAUAGCAAGUAUUGAAGAAUAGUUUUUAAAAUAGUAGGUACUAUGAUAUACGAACUAUUAUCGUUUAAGAAGCUAUGACGAUUUACUGAACUAUUAAACUACCAGCCACUAUUAUCAUUAAUUACAAUUUAUCCGUUAAUUUUUAUGCCGUAUACAGAUUUCAAUUGUUAUAAUCAGUCUCAGGGAAAUCGAUGUGUAAUUUCCACUACGUACAUGUUAAUAUACCUAUAUAAUCAACGGCGAGUAUGCGCGUAUGUUCACAUUCAUCGCGUAGCGUACACGCAUCCGCAUAUAGAUAUUAUACAUUUUAUGAAACAAAAGUUCGGACGCAUCAGUUGUCAGCCUAUUUAUUAAUUAAUUACGUACGAAUAUUAAUAUUCUACUAAUGUAUAGUAAAAACUAGUUCCGCCUCUUCCGCUAUACCAGACGUUACUCAAAUACCUGGACGCUUGAACGUUAGAUUUUGUUUUUUUGAAAAAUCAUUGUACAUGUACAAAAGUCGUCUAUUUUAUAUACAAACGCAACUGACAGCGGAUCUGGACAUUUUUUCUUUGCAACGGUUCUACAAUUCGGUGUUAUCCAACGUGUAUAUGAAUAUUGAAUGUACCAUUUUUCAUUAAGCAGUAGACUAAUGCCACAUUUUUUCUUUAUUCGAAUCAAAGAAAAAAGAAUUUGGAGUGGUAUUGUUUCGUGCGUAUCUAGGAGUGUGCUCGUGUUUCAGAUAGAUUAAUGUUGAUAAAAGAAAAUAAAACAACAGCAAACUCAAUUAGGUACGCGAUCUUAUUAAUGCGUAUGUAAAUAUUACUACCAAGUAUCUAAUAUUACCAUUCGCUUUUUUAAUGUAUCACAUAAUGUAUAGAUAUAUCCAUAUUAAUAUAAAUAUAUAUAGAUGUAUGUGUGUAUGUAUAUAAAACUAUGUAAGCGCACGGACUUACAUAUUUAUACAUAUACAUACAUAUAAAUAUAUAUGUACAUGUAUAAUAACAUCGAUGUACAUUUUCUCAAGCAUAAACUCUUCUCCUCAUAUUUAUAGAUUCAAGGAAAACUUCUAGAUGUGUUAACGCUACUGCUUCAUGAGACAAAAAGAAACGAGAAAAUAAAAGAAAUUAUAUAUGAGACUAAAAGAAAUAUAUAUGUAUAAAUAUAUAUUUUGUUUCAUGAGUUUAGUUCGGGAUCAUGUGUAUUGAAGCGAAAAAUACAAACGAGAGUUUCUCUGUGAUUUGUAAAAAAAAAAUGAUAAAAAGAAACACGAAAAAAUUAAAAGAGAUGGAAUUAAAAUGCAAUUAUCAUUUUCA